CUGUAUACAACAACUUGCACAUUAGAGAGUAAGCAAAGCAAGAGAUAGGUUAGAAUUGUAAUAAUCGUAGUGACUGGUAAUUUUUCUUGUUGGAAUAAGCGUAAUAUUGUAAUUUAUUUCGAUAAUUUUUUCUAUCAAUAUGGCUUCGUACAUGGGUGAAUUUAGAGGAGCUGUAUCUGAUUAUAUGGGACCAAAGAAGGCUGAAGGAUUUUCACCCUAUGACGACAAUGGAGGAACCACAGUGGCAAUAGCAGGGCCUGACUUCUGUGUUAUUGCAUCUGAUACAAGACUGGGAACCGGUUACUCUAUUCUUACAAGAGAACAACCAAAACUAUUUCGGUUAUCAUCCACAACAGUGCUUGGAUCUUCGGGAUGUUGGUGCGAUACUCUCUCGCUCUCCCGCCUUUUGGAGGCUAGGUUACAAAUGUACCUACACGAGCACAACAAGCCCAUGGCAACUCCGGCCGUGGCCCAGAUGAUGUCGACAGUGAUGUACAACAAGCGGUUUUUUCCUUACUACGUGAGCAACAUCCUGGCAGGACUGGACAAUGAGGGGAAGGGAGCUGUCUAUAGCUACGACCCUAUCGGCCACUAUGCCCGCUCUGACUACCGGGCUUCUGGCAACUCAGGGGCUCUGCUCCAGUCCUUGCUGGACAAUCAGAUAGGCUUCAAGAACAUGGAAGGAGUGAUCCCAACCCCACCAACAUUAGAGAAGGCACUGGUCCUCAUCAAGGAUGCCUUUAUCUCCGCAGCCGAGCGAGAGAUCGCCACAGGUGACGCCAUCUGUAUCAACAUCAUCACCAAGGAUGGCAUCCGGGAAGAGACCUUUCCUCUGCGUAAAGAUUAAAAUCAUGUAUUGAAGUUCUUCAUUUUUUUGCAUUAAAUUGGUUAAGUAACUCAAA